AUGUUUCUGAAGUUCACAGAACACAUGUGCGGCCACUACAGCUUAACGGUGUUUGAGGUGACAGCAGACAGUCAGGGCAGCAACAUAACGCUGACGCAGCUCUCCCUAGUGGUCAGCGAGGCUCGGCAGGUGCGGCAAGCGUCGUGGUGCGUGACGGUGGUGGUGGUGAGCGACGACCUCGCCUUCCUCGCCGCCUUCGCCCAGUGGUCCCUCAAGGGCCGCCUCCUGGUGUGGUCGACGAGGCUCCUGGUCGUCACCCGCCUCCACCUCCACUACCUGCAGGGUCUCCACACACUGCUCUCCAUGACCAACUCCAUGCUGAUAAUUAUUCGUGAAUCAUUUGUCAGCUUCAGAUGUAGUGUGUACAUGCAGCUGCCGUACAGCCCCAGGGGCGCCCAGGCGCUGAAGGUGGCCUCCUGGACGCCCGAGCAAGGCCUCGCUUUCACCUCCAGCCUCCCGCUCUUCCCCGACAAGUUCUCCAGGUUACUUCAGCGACCGACUCUGAAGUUGGCGACGGAGAUAAACCCGCUGAACAUCAUGAUUACCAGGGAGACAGCCAAGACUGGCCAGGGAGGGAUGUUACAGUUUGUAGGACCGAUGCCGGACCUGGUGUCCUACCUCGCCACAGCUCUCAACUUCUCGUACAUGUACUUGAGGCCUCCUGAUGGAUCUUGGGGCAUUAAGCGUAACGAUGGUACCUGGUCAGGCAUGAUGGGGAUGGUGAUCAGGCAGGAAGUAGAUGUAGCAGUUGGCUUCUUUGGUAUUAGUGGAGUCCGCGCUGAGGUGGUGGACUUUACGGAGCCAAUUGUAAUAGAACACAUUAGGAUACUGGGAGCCCGAGGUCGGCCGGAGGUGGACCCGUGGGGCUUUGUGUUCCCUCUGGAGCCGCUGGUGUGGACGGCCAUCCUGGCGACGCUUCUGAUACUGCCUCUGUUGGUGUUCCUCCUGUCUUCAUGCGUCUCAUUCCGGACAGUUCGUCAAAAUAACUUUCUGGCAACAUUCGCUUACCUCCGUAUUUUGUUGAAUCAGAAUAUUGGUGUGUUGGAUUGUGGUGGUGGGUGGUGGUGGGAGCGGGUGGUGCUGGCGGUGUGGGGGCUGGUGGCGGUGGUGCUGACGCAGAGCUACGCCGGCAACCUCAUGGCUCUCCUGGCUGUCAGACACAUCUCCCAGCCCUUCCAGUCCCUCCAGGACGUGCUGGACCACCACUCAGUCAUCACCAUAUGGCAGAAAGACACACCGAAUGUACAAUAUUUUCGUGAGGUCAAGAGUGGAAUAUAUCGUGAGAUUGGAGACCUGGAGAAGAAAGGUCGUCUGGUGUACAUAACUCUGCUCCAGCUGGGAGACAUCAUCAACACUCUGGUCAGGAGAGGAGACCACGUCGUCAUGGACGUCGACUUUGGCCUCAAGGCCUACAUGUCUCGAGACUUUACUACCUCAGGGCAGUGUUCCUUUUACGUGUCCAGGGAGGAGUUUCUGCCUGUGAUGCUUGCUAUGGUGGGCCACAAGGGAAGUGCUCUUGUAUCAGCGUUAAGCAAGAGGAUACGGAGGAUGACUGAGGCCGGUCUCUUCCAGCACUGGAUGAAGGGCGCGGAGCCAAACUCCACCUUGUGUCAACACCCUCCCUCAAAAAUCAUCGUUCAAGCUUAUCUUUCACUUAAUAAUAUCUGGGGAGUGUUUGUCAUCCUUAUUGCUGGUCACACUGUCAGUGUGUGCGUUCUCUGUCUGGAGUUGGUGACUGUCAACAUUCAACACGUCUAG